AUGGCAAGUUCAACAAUCAACAAUACUAAUAAUACACCUAAAAGCAAAGUUCCUGGUUCUAUCUCUCAAAAUGAUCGAUUUCUUGAAUAUGAUUCAAAAACAUCGAAUUUGGUCGAUGGAGCAUCAACAACGAAUACUUCCCAUGACUUAGUUCAUUCUCAACAAUUAAUUGCACGUAUGAAUAAACUUCGUAAAGCUGAACAUCUUUGUGAUGUAACACUCAAAGUUGAACAAACCCUUUUCCCUGCUCAUCGUCUUGUCUUAGCAGCUGCUAGUGAUUAUUUUGCUGCUAUGUUUACUGGAGAAAUGGUUGAACGUCACAUGAAUGUCAUUGAAUUAAAAGGUUUCAGUGCUUCUGUAAUGGAAAUUCUUUUAAAUUCAAUCUAUGGUGAACCAGUUAUAGUAACAAAUGAUAAUGUUCAAGAUAUUCUUCCGGCUGCUUCUUUACUUCAAUUAAAUGGAACUGAUAUACAACGACAAUGUGCUCUUUUUCUUGCUAGUCAUCUUGAACCAGCAAAUUGUUUGGGCAUUUAUUGUUUUGCUGAUCUACACAAUUGUUCACAAUUAAAACAAACUGCUCUAUCAUUUAUCUGGACGCAUUUCGCAGCUGUAGUUCAUAGUGAAGAAUUUUUAACAUUAAAAGCAAAUGAAGUUGAAGAUCUUAUACAAUCCGAUGAAAUUGAAGUACCCAAUGAAGAAAUAAUCUAUAAUUGUGUUAUGGCUUGGAUAAAACAUGAUCAAACAUUUCGUCAACAAUAUUUACUCACACUUCUUCAACAUGUUCGAUUACCAUUUCUUAGUGCUCGUUUUAUUACUGACAUUUGUGAUAACGAACUAUUGAUAAGAUCAUCACAUAAAUGUCGUGAUUUACUUGAUGAAGCGAAACGAUAUCAUUUAAGACCAGAUUGUCGAAAAUUAUUGACAGGAACACGAUUUACUAGUCGACGUGCAGCAACAGAUAUAUCCAAUAUUCGAUAUAAUUCUUUAAUAUCAGCACAAUGUAAAGCUCGUUGCUUAUAUGAAUAUCGAAAUCAUCACUAUCAACAACGAUCACUACCAUCUAUAUUCAAUAAUGGAAAAACGAAACGACUACUGUUACGAAACGUUGAAUGUCAACGUAGUUGUAUUUUUAUUCAAAAUCUUUAUCAUCAACAAUCCAAUUGUUUGACAGACGAUUGUCAAUCAUCAUCAUGUUCACCAACAAAUGAUUGUUUCGAAAAAAUUCCUCAACCGAAAAAUAUUACUGCUAUUGAAAGAAAAAGUCGACGAACUGUAAAACUUAAAUGGAAUUCAAAUGAAUUGACAAAUAUUGAACCUAUUUUUUAUGUUAUUGAAGCACAAUGGACAUUACCAAAAACGGAUAUUAAUCAAGAAGAUAUUAUUUCAAAAUGGGGUUUUGUUAAAGAAGAAGUUUCACAUACAAAAGCCAUUAUAAGAAAUAUUCAACGAGAUAAUCGUUGGUAUACUUUUCGUGUUGCUACUGUAACACGACAUGGAUAUUCACCUUUUUCAAUAACAACGAAACCUUUUCGUUUAAAUUCACAAAAUGAAUCACAGAAAUCUUUAUCAAUCACAGCAGCACCAAGAAAUUUGUUUAUUAAAGAUUUUCAAUUAAAUUCAAAUACAAUUAAUGUAACACUUAGUUGGCAAAAACCAGAUCUUCCAAUAAAUGGAUAUCAGAUUUCUUGGGAAGCACAGAAUGAUCCAUCUCUACUUGUAAAUACAAUCGAUAUUUCUUCAUCAUUAUAUCCAUUAGAAUUGACUAUUUCAUUUCUGUCUAUGCAUACAUCUUAUAUUUUCAAAAUUCGUUCAUUAUUUAUUUCUGAUGAUGAUGAUGAAAUACAAAUGAGUGUACCAUUAUCAAUAAAAUUUAAUUAUGAAGAUGAAUUAUUAUCAAUAAGAAAUUUUUAUAUAUCGGAACCAUAUUUUAUAAAUGGUUUAAUUAAAACAAAUAUAUCAUGGAAUAAAAUAAAUGAUUAUCGAAUUCAACAAUAUGAUUUACAUUGGAUUGAAACUCAAUGUUCUUCAGAUAUAUUACCAUGUUGUUAUCGACGUGAUGCUGUGACAAUAGAUAAUUUUUUUCAAUUAUAUGAUUUACGUUUUAAUUGUACAUAUUUAUUAAAUAUAAAACCAAUUUUAUCAAAAUUACGAAUUAAAAAAUCUUUUCAAAUUUAUUUUAAUGUUAGUUCUUGUCAAUUAAUUCAAGUUUAUGGAACUAUUCGACCACCAUGUCAAAUAGAUGAAAAUUUAACUAGUUCAUCUCUAUCACCACUUAAUCUUAUUAUUACAAGAAAUGAAUCUGGCAUUCAAUUUUAUUGGCAAGAUAUGCGUUUAUUAGUUCAUGAUGAUAGUGGUAUUAUCUAUCAAUUGCAUAUUGAACAGCUGCCAAGUCAUAUUGAACUUAUUUCUAUUGAUCUUUCACCCACGAUAACAAAUUAUUUUUUACCAUAUUCAAAACAACAAGGUGAUCGAUAUCUUAAUGUAACAUUAACAUUAUUUGAUAAUUUAAUAAUUCAACAACAAAAAUCCAUAAUAAUCGAUGGAUAUCAAAAUUAUAAUAACAAUCAUAUUAAUCGUAAUACUCCAUUGAGUGUUAUAUCAUCAACAACGAAAAUUCAAAUGAAUUAUUUUAUUUUAUUUAUAAUAUUUAUUUCUAUUGAUUUAAUACGACGAUAA